UUUUUUUUUUUUCUAUACAAUAAUCAAGCCCCUCCCCCCUCCGCUAGUUAUAUGAUUAAUGGAGCAUGGCAUUAGAUAACGAGAUGUAAACUUUGAAAACAAAAAAAAAAAGUUGAAUUAAACAUAUUCUUGAAAACAAGAAGCGAUAAGUAGGUCAUUUAAAUUCGUUUUUGAAACCUGUAUUAAAAAAAAAAAAGCAAUUCAUUGUCUGCCCCAAUCACUUGCUGCUUAAUUGCCUAAUAAUCAGAAUGACUUAUUGCUGCCAAUAGAGAUAGAUAAAGCAAAAUCAUUCAUUACCAAACAACCCCGAAUUCCUGUCCUUUCAUCCGUGGACCGUGGUCUAGAUUUCACCACUCCCCAUACGAUGAAUUCAGAGGUGGGUCCCAUUCGUACCAAGAACAAACAAGGCAAAGGUCACGGACUCACGGGUGUUCACAGUUCACUGCCCUCCUCCCGAGGAUCCUUGUAUAAUUGGAUUCUCCAAUUCUACUGUCUAGUCUAAGCAAACUUGAAGCAAGCUCACUGCAUCAGAAAGGAGGCAAUCAGGCAAUGCAAGCCCAUCUGGUUCUCCUCCUUGUUCUGAUCUCCCUCACAAGCAACCAUCGCCAUGCAUCAGCUCAGCCUUAUGCGACAUUUCCAACAACUAGAAGCGGUCAGCUGAAGCUGCCGGACAACGAAACAAUCUACAACAUCUCAAAGCAGCUGUGCUGGGGUUGCAUAGGCGAAGCCCUACAGUUCUUGUUUGUUCACAACCUGAAGAGAGCAGCGAAGUGGGAGCUACCUCUGAUGUGGGACUUCCAGCUCGAGAACUACGCGAAAUGGUGGGCGGGACAACGGAAAGCGGACUGCGCGCUGCAGCAUUCGUUCCCGGAGGGGGGCUUCAAGCUGGGGGAGAACAUAUACUGGGGCAGCGGCGCGAGAUGGACUCCGACCGACGCCGUGAUUGCAUGGGCGGCCGAGGAGAAGUACUACAAUUACGUGACUAAUAGUUGCCAAGAGGGCCAGAUGUGCGGUCACUAUACUCAGAUUGUAUGGAAGACCACUCGGAGGAUUGGAUGUGCUCGUGUGGUUUGCGAUGAUGGAGAUGUGUUCAUCGCUUGUAACUACGAUCCGCCUGGUAAUUAUGUGGGAGAACGGCCAUAUUGAGAGGAUGAUGUGUAGGGUUUUAGUUGCUUCUGGUUCCAAUUAUUAAUUCAUGAAUUCUUAGAUGGGUUGGAUUGGCUUGAAUGUAUUGUCAUGUUUAGGCACAUCAAAGUAAACACUGAUAAAUAUUUUGACAUCUGUAAAAAGUGGGUAUUAAUCUUUACAAGGUAGGGUGAGGGUAUUUUAAA